AUGACAUUGCACAUGGAGCACACGCAGUAUACGGUCGAGCGCGAGCUCGCCAACGCCAUCUUUGGCAAGAUCCUCCUCUGCUACGACCGCCGAGCCAAGCGCCGCGUCGUCGUCAAGCGUGUCCAAGUGGCUGCGGCCAACGCGCGUCGGUCCUGGGACGCACAGCGCGCCGUGACUGAACACUUUGCUUUCGAGAAGCGGGUGCACCUCGAGCUCUCGCGCGGCCACGAACACCUUGUGGCACUCCACGAAACCUUUACUGUCGGCGGCUUCGACCACUUGGUCAUGGAGUACUGCCCACGCGGCGAUCUCUUCUUGCGCGUGCAGAAAUCGCACCGGUUGCCGCCGAAGGAGGCGCACCUGUUCUUUGGCCAAAUUGCGCGCGCCGUCGCCUACAUGCACGCGCGCGGCUACGCACACGGCGACCUCUCGCUCGAAAACGUCUUCCUCGAUGCACACGGGCAGUGCAAGCUCGGCGACUUUGGCCUCGCGGCACUCCUGCAUGAGCCGCGCGUCGCGACCGCCGGCAAGUACUUCUAUAUGGCACCAGAGAUGUUUGCGACUCAAGGGUAUAACCCCGAGAAGGCCGACGUGUGGGCGCUCGGUAUCAUGGCGACGACCACUGACGGUGUCUACCGCUUCUACGUGCACGCGCAGUGUCUGGAGCGCAUUCUUGACGGCUGGAACGUCGCCGACGUUUUCGCACCGGACCUCCUCGACCUCCUCUCGCAAAUGCUCUCGGUGGACCCGGCGCGGCGCCCGACCAUGGCCGCGGUCGUGGCGCACCCUUACGUCGCGACAGCGGCGAGUUCACAGCGCUUUCCGCAUGUCCGCCGGCUCUUUGCGAGUCUCUUUCGCCGGCGUGGCGCCUAA